GAACAAAGUAUUCCCCUUUAUUAUAAACCGAAUAGACAUCAAGGUCGCCAUUGUUGUUUUGUAGGGUUUCGUUUUAAUUUCAGAGGGCGUCGUCUUCUCCACAGCCAAUAUGCAGGCGAGUGAUCGGUUCAACAUCAAUUCGCAGCUGGAACAUCUUCAGGCCAAGUACGUGGGAACAGGGCAUGCUGACUUGCACAGAUACGAAUGGGCCGUCAAUAUUCAGCGUGAUAGCUAUGCCUCCUAUGUUGGUCAUUACCCCAUUCUCUCCUACUUUGCUCUCGCUGAGAAUGAGUCCAUUGGGAGAGAGCGCUACAACUUUAUGCAGAGAAUGCUUUUGCCCUGCGGUCCUCCCCCAGAAAGAGAAGACGAUUGAGAAUCUUCUUGUUAAGAUAAAGGCGUGAAUCUAAUGUCAUCAGUUUGGUGUUUGCUGGAAGUAAUUAUUUGCUGAAACUAUGUACUAAAUUCACCUCUCUUACUAGUUGUAAGUUUGUUUUUAUGCAUUUGGAGAUGAAUAGUUGGAAUGUAAACUUUUCAAUAACAGAUCUUAGUGCCUUUGUUAUU